UCUCUUAGUUCAUUGGCUUUGGGCUUGACGUACCAGAACAGCAGAAGCUAAAGCGGAUAGCCAAACAAGCAGCACAAUAUUUUUACUACACCUUAAAGCAAUCAUUCAUGAAGCGUUGGAAGCGGAUCGUCGCAUGGGUGUCGAUACCGUGGAGUAAUAUUCACUCCUUUAUCCAUUACCAGUUUUUAAUGAACUUCUAGAGACUAUUAAGCGUUGAGCAGUAAAAUAAUAAUAAUCAGACGCCACGGAAAGAAGAUAAACACAAGGAAAGCGCUCGCUCGCCUUUUUCACCCAUGCAUGUCUCAACAUUAGAGUUUUAAACACAAUGUCCUGCUCUGGAAACCUCAUUUGGGAUGUGAGAAAACGCACCAUCGGAUGCGCAGAUCCAAACGGGGUCAGGGCAAAAUUUUUAGGCAGAAAAGAGUUUGUGCAGCGACUGAAGCUCGAAGCCACUCUCAAUGUGCAUGAUGGAUGCGUUAACACAAUAUCCUGGAAUGACACAGGGGAAUACAUCUUAUCAGGUUCAGAUGACACUAACUUGGUUAUCACAAAUCCUUACAACAGAAAGAUCAAGACAACAAUUCGUUCAGGACACCGGGCCAACAUCUUCAGCGCAAAGUUCAUGCCCCACACUAACGAUCAGCAGAUUGUGUCCUGCUCAGGAGAUGGCAUAAUUUUCUACACACACACAGAGAAGAGCCAAGAAAUCAACAGACAGUGCCAGUUCACAUGCCACUAUGGCACUGCUUAUGAGAUAAUGACAGUGCCAAAUGACCCCUACACCUUCUUGUCCUGUGGAGAAGAUGGUACAGUGAGGUGGUUUGACUUGCGCAUGAAGACUAGCUGCACAAAGGAGGACUGUAAAGAUGACAUUUUGAUUAAUUGUCGGAGAGCCGCUACCUCAAUAUCCAUUUGCCCCCUGGUCCCCUACUAUCUUGCUGUGGGAUGUUCUGACAGCUCAGUGAGGAUCUAUGACCGACGAAUGCUUGGAACAAGAGCUACGGGUAACUACAUGGGCAGAGGGACGACAGGCAUGUGUGUACGUUUUGUCCCAGCCCACCUGUCCACCAAAUCCUGCCGUGUCACCUCGCUGUGUUACAGUGAAGAUGGACAGGAAGUGCUGGUCAGUUACUCAUCUGACUACAUCUACCUGUUUGACCCCAGAGAUGACCAGGCCAGGGAGCUCAAGGGACCUUCUGAAGAGCGGAGAGAGGAGCUGAGGCAGCCCCCAGUAAAACGCUUACGUCUAAGGGGGGACUGGUCGGACACAGGACCUCGUGCUCGACCCGAGAGCGAGAGGGAACGUGACGGAGAGCAGAGUCCAAAUGUGUCGCUCAUGCAGAGGAUGUCAGACAUGCUGUCACGCUGGUUCGAGGAGGCCAGCGAGGCACAGAGCAGCAGAGCACGCCCACAAACACGACCUAGAGGUACAGCGGUUCGACCUGAAGGACCUUUUGUGACCCCAGAGACACGCACUCCGGCUCAGGAGCUCACUGUGGGGUCAGCUGAAGGAGCAAUGGAAGUGGCUAUGCCUGCAGCUGAUCCUCCCUCUGCUUCUGCUGCAUCUGCAGAGCCUCUCCCCAGAUCUAUUUCCUCCUCCUCUUCCUCCACUGUGACAGCUCCUCCCCCCUCCAGCUCCUCCUCCAUGGGGAGUGCCGCUUCCUCCUCUCUCCUCUCCUCCCCGGAAACGGAGCAGAAGAGCCAAGGUGAGGUUACGCCCACUCCAUCAGCCACAGCCACUCCUUCAGCCACACCCACCCCAUCAAGAGAGGCAGCCUUAUCUGAAUAUGGUCCUCGCAGGCUGCCGGUAAGUUUAGUGUGUAGACGUUUGCAGAGACUGCUUCUCUUGUCCGACCCCCCGGGACAGGGCCGACGCACAAUCCCCUCUGUACCCGUGACCUCCAGCCCAGAGAGUUUAGCCUCAAUACAGGCUGCUACUGCUGACACUGGUCCCCCUGCAGAUUCUCCCUCUUCUGUGGUAAACAAACAGCUUGGAUCCAUGAAUCUGGAUGAGGAGCAGGGAGGUGCAGAAGCAAUAGGAAGUGUAAUCAGUGAUCACAGUGCAGGUGUCUGUGAAGCUUCCCCUGAGACUAAAGAAAGCGUGCCAUCCAUAUCAGCGCCUUCUCUUGUCACCAGCCCUGGCAACAGCAGUGGGAGUGGCAGCACUCCUUCAGGGCCUGGGCGAUCCUGCACGGCAGAACCAGUCCUUAGUCUGCACUACAGCACUGAGGGCACCACCACAAGCACCAUUAAACUAGACUUCACGGAUGAAUGGAGCAGUCCAGCAUCCAGCUCCAAGGGUAGCAGUGGGGGACGUAAGCCUGUGGAAGUUGUUGAGAGCCAGACCAGAGUGGAGCCCAGAGGAGAAAGCUUAGAGCAGGCUUCAAGUCCAGCCUCAAAGAGUGAGCCCGCACCUGAGGGGGGCAUAUCUGCAGACAGUGGCACAGAAAAAGCCUCCGUCAGCUCUCAAGACAGCACUCCACUGCAGGGCCCAGCAGAGGUUUUGUCUUCUGAAGACACCCCUAGUCCCUUAGAGGGGCUCCAGGCUGCAGGCUCAGAGGAGCUGAGUGAGCGGUGCAGGAGGAGCGACAACCCGGGAGAGGGCAGUCAGGGUGUUGCUCAAACCUCUCGUAAUAAUCACGACUCAGAAGAUAGCGACGACGACCCCAUCCUUAUCCCUUCAGCCAGAUUUAAUUUCAGAGGAUCAGCUGUAGGUGAUAGGAUGAUCAGACGCUCUGCUGCGGCCCGCAUCCAGGAGUUGUUUCGCAGGAGAAAAGAGAGGCGGGAGAUGGAAGAGAGCGAGACCCAGAACAUCAGGAGACCCUCGGUUAAGAUGAUGUACAAGGGCCACCGCAACUCCAGGACUAUGAUUAAGGAGUCGUGUUUUUGGGGUAAUAACUUUGUGAUGAGCGGCUCAGACUGUGGCCAUAUCUUCAUCUGGGAUAGACACACGGGAGAGCACCUGAUGCUGCUGGAGGCAGACAACCAUGUGGUCAACUGCCUGCAGCCUCACCCUUAUGACCCCAUUCUUGCUUCAUCUGGAAUUGACUAUGACAUCAAGCUGUGGUCACCUUUAGAGCAGUCACCAUCAUUUAACAAUGGACUUGCUGAAGAGGUGAUUGCUCGUAAUGAGUUAAUGCUGGAAGAGACGAGGAACACCAUCACCGUCCCUGCUUCUUUCAUGCUUAGAAUGCUGGCAUCACUAAAUCACAUCAGAACAGACCAUGUGGAGGGUGACCGUUCGGAAGGCUCUGGACAAGAGAAUGAGGAUGAACAGUAGCUCUCCCGCUCAGAACAAUGUGUUUUUGCUUCAGUGCCCUUGAGCAUUUGAGAUUUGUACAAGUUACAAGAUAGAAUAUUUCCUUAGUUUUUGGCAUUGUUAUUUUUUAAUAAGACUUUUCUUACUGAUUACUCUAUAUGAGAGUAAAUUGCAUCCGGGAAUCUCAUGCAAACAAGAUGAUAUCUAAGAAAUUAGAAGACCAGGCUAGAUGGCUGGUGCUUUAGACUAUUUAAGUGCAAUAUUCGUUUUGUGAAAAGCAAAUGGUUGAGCUUUGAAUGGUGUUAUUAUGUGUGAAAUCUUAUUGUAGCCUCAGAAGAAAAACUCAUUGUUUGUUUACCAGGAAUUAUGCAUGUCAAACAUGAGUUUGCUGAAAAUGCGUUCACUUAGUCAAUAACUAUGUUGUGUAAAAAAAAAAGUCUCUUUGUCAUUACUAAACUUGUGUUGCACAAGGAUUCUCUGCCCAAGUAGCCUACUACAUGCAAUAUUUCAUUAUCCAAAGGCAUUAAAUAUUGUUGCACUGCAGAACGUUUAUAAAAGAUUAUUAAAAUGAGAAUGGUUUUGGCUGUGAUCAGUCAAUGCUUACAAACCUACAGCGGUCUAGCCAAAUGAUUCAAGCAUUAGUUGGCAGGUCCUGUUUCUCACGCCUAUCAGCACAGAUGGCCUUUGUUUUGGCAGCUGUUGACUUGAGCAUUUUUCUAAGUGACAUGUAAUUGAUGGAAGCCACUCAGAUGAAAUAUCUAAUCUAGUGUGCCAUUCUAUUCUAACCUCAUUCAGCACUGUCGAGGAAUUUAAACCAUCUUUUUAUAUGUUUGUCCACCAAUUAAGUUCAGAAUCCUUUUUAAAGAUGUACCAGAAGACAUUAAAUGCGUUGUGAUUUCAACAACAAGUGACUGAUUGUGGAGUACCAAUAGAGAAUUUAAUGACAGACACAAAACAAGAACUUGGACAUAAUUUGUUGUGGACUGCAAAUAGCAGCUUUUUGUCAGACAGUCUUGUAAUCUGUAGCCUUCGAAAACACUUAUGUACUGAUAUUAGCAUACAAAUAACUGUCAUAAAUAAUUUCCCUUAAAGGCCGAAACAUACUCUACGCAAGUCCAAAUCAGGCACUUCUAGGUAGUGAGAUCAAGUUGGCACGUAAUCGCUGUUCAAUGUCAAUGUUGCUGCAAGGGGCACUAUAGCGGAGAAUAGUGUGAACGGACUACUUCUGCGGUCGGUUUUGUCUUUAAAGCCAACAAUUGUCAUGGCAGAGCAACAGUUUAAUACGGUGACCGGGAGGGGACAUGUUCGGUUCACUUGGUUUUGUCGUGGCGACAUAUGAACUCAUGGGAACGUGAUAAUAUGCUGUGGCCACGAGGUAUUAAUUUGUGGGAACGUCAUAUUAACUCACGAACAUGAUAAUAAGUCGUGGCAACGGAUAUAAUUUUGUCGAGGUAACGACAUCCUUAUGUCGUGGCCUUGAGAUCUUAUGUUGUGGCCAUGAGAUCUUAUGUUAAGGGUAUGACAUCCGUCACUGUAACCAUAUGCUACAGCAGUCGGCAUGAGAUGUAGAUGACUAAUUAAAUAACAUUUUACUUUGAAUUAGGACUGGCAUAUAAAGAUAUAGUGCGGCCUCUGGCAUUAAUACAUGGGUACGUUAUAAGUGAAAGACACUUGAAGCGCAUUCUUAAGUUUAAUGGGCUCUGCCAUCGGAAAGUUGCUGGCUUGAAUUAAACAUUCGGAUUCAUCGUUGACCAGUUGAACGGUCCCGGACGUCUCCACAGUUUUACACAGACAAUACUCAAACUCUCUGGAGCUUAAAAAAAAAAAAAAAAGCUUUUAAUUGUUCUAAAAAUAAAUUUCCAUUAAACAUGGAUUGGAUCUGUUGAACACAUGGCAGGCAAAAAUGUUAAAGAAAUCCACAAUGAAAGAGAAAUAGAAGAUACAGGUUUUAUAUAUAUAUAUAUUGCAAAAACAACUUAAUAUCAAAGCAUGAUGAUUGAUGUAAAAAAUAUAUUAUUUCGUAUUUCUAAAACAUUUUUUGAACUUCUGCUUUUGCAGUUCAAAACAAUAGAACUCACAUUUUACAUUUUUGUACGGUUUAUAACGGAACAACACAAAUUAAUAUUAUGCGUAUGUUGGGCAAUUGUCAACCACAUCAUGGAAAAAUAAAAAGUUACCAAAGGAACAAAACACCCUUUUAAUUUCUAUUAUGGUAUAACGGAUAAUUCAAACAGACUGUUACACGGCACCGCUUGAUUACACAAUGCUGACUGGAGCGCAUACUGAAUUGCUGAUUGCAGUCUAAUUUAGUAAUCGUGCAAGACAAAAUUGCGAUUUCAAUCUUAACUCAAUCAUGCAGCCUUAAUUGAUCAAUGUCUCUGAAGUCAAAGUUUGCUGGUUUCAAAGCGUUUUGGAUGGUUUUACCUCAUCAUGUAUUGGUAAGUGCUGCUUUCACAAUGUUCAUGUUUGUAACAACCGUUUUGCCUUGUUAAUGUGAGAAUGAUGAAAAAUGUAAUAUUACAUGUUAUUAGAAGUGCAAACCCUUCUACAUUCAUCAUCAUUUCUGGAUUGUGCAUUUGAAUUCACAGUUUUUACAAAGUGUGAUGAUAAUUAUAAAUGAACCAUUGGUUAUUUAUAUCACCGUUUUUAUGCUUAAAACCGAUUUACAGAUGGUUUAAUUUUAGUCAAUAAUUGUCUGGCCGAUACAUCAGUGCAUCACUAGUAGCAACCAUAUUGCCAUUGCUUUACAACACCACUACAUUCGGCCAAAUACUUUGCAUAUGUUUUUUUCCACUGGAAAAUAUUGACAUAUUUUAUAAAAAUAAUAUGUCUUUUUAAGGGACAUUCUACCUUUUUAUUAACAUCAGAUAUCAUGUUUACAUACAGUACAUGAUUGCCCUAUUGUCAUUCAAUGACUGUUUAAAUAGGGCCUGAAUGAAGGUUUUAAUUUUUAGGAAAAAAGUCCACAGCAAGAUUAUUUGGUGUACAUAAUGCUAUUUUCCUUUCUUUUUUCCUUUUCUUUAAACUUAAUGGAACCUAUACAUAUAAAUAAACAUGAAAUAGGAAAUGGAGAGUAUCUCCUUUAGCAUGGAUCUCCUUUCAUUUCUGGAGA